AUGGUUGCGAUCAUUGUAGCCUUGCUGCUGUGCGCGUCCGCGCCGGGCGGUGGACGGACAGCGCUCGGUCAGGACACCCGUGGAACGCGCUUCCUGUGCACGGCGAUACCCGCGGGCGCGGACCCGAGCUGCCCCGUGCCCGCCGUGCCCAUGCAGAGCUCGGGCGCCCCGGAGGAGGACCUCAAAAGCACGGUGAUGCAGCUUCGGGAGACCAUCCUGCAGCAGAAGGAGACGAUCGUGGACCAGGUGGGCACUAUAAAGGAGCUCACUUCCAAACUUUCCCGGUGCGAAUCCGCCGCAGAGGACUCGCUGCGGGGUGGAAAAUACAGGAGUCAGGGUUCGUGGAGGAAGGAGAACAGCAACACCAUGGGGGACCUGCCCCGAGAUCCCGGGGACACGAUCGACCACCUGGGGAAGACCAUGCAGAGCCUCAAGGACCGCCUGGAGAACUUGGAGCAACAGCAGAUGCGAGCCAAUAUGUCUGGCGCAACUUUUCCUAAUGAGCUUCGCGACCUGCUGCAGCGCAGGCUGGAGGACCUGGAGAACCAGCUCCUGAAGAAAGUGACUGAGCUGGAGGAGGAGAAGACGCAGCUAUACAACGAGACAGCCGCUCAUAGGCACCGUACAGAGAGCACCCUCAACUCACUGCUAGAGAGGAUCACCGAGUUGGAGAAAGGUAACAGUGGAUUCAAGUCCCCGGAGGGCUUCAAAGUGUCCCUUCCUCUGCGCACCAACUACCUGUAUGGGCGCAUCAAGAAAAGCCUUCCAGAAAUGUAUGCCUUCACGGUAUGCAUGUGGCUCAAGUCCACUGCCAGCCCCGGCAUUGGGACUCCUUUUUCCUAUGGAGUCCCAGGUCAAGCCAAUGAGAUUGUGCUGAUUGAAUGGGGGAAUAACCCCAUCGAGCUGCUCAUCAAUGACAAGGUGGCGCAGCUGCCUCUGUCCGUCAGCGAUGGCCAGUGGCAUCACAUCUGCAUCACGUGGACCACUAGGGAUGGCCUGUGGGAGGCCUACCAGGAUGGAGAGAAGCUGGGGUCUGGGGAGAACCUGGCCCCGUGGCACCCAAUUAAGCCUGGUGGUGUCAUUAUUCUGGGCCAGGAGCAGGACACUGUAGGAGGGAGGUUUGAUGCCACGCAGGCCUUUGUUGGGGAACUAACCCAUUUCAAUAUGUGGGAUCGCGUGCUGCGUCCCGUAGACAUCAUGAACAUGGCCAACUGCUCCUCGUACAUGCCUGGCAACGUCGUGCCCUGGGUUGACAAUAACGUGGAGGUCUUUGGCGGCGCGACCAAGUGGGCACUGGAGAUAUGUGAGGAUCAGCUUUUUGGUUCUUAAGGGCACUCCGGUCGAGGGACCGAGCCACACUCCCAAGCCUUCC